UGAGAAUCACUCUGUUUGUGAUGGCCUUCCUGCUUUCUGAUGCUGCCUCCCUCAAGAGUCAGGCUUCUUUCAACGAGACUGCCUACUUGCCUUGCCAAUUUAUAAACUCUCAAAAUAUAAGUCUGGGGGAGCUUAUAAUAUUUUGGCAGGACCAGCAAAUGUUGGUUUUGUAUGAGCUAUAUUUAGGCAACGAAAAACCUGACAAUGUGGCUGCCAAGUAUCUGGGCCGCACAAGCUUUGACCAGGACAGUUGGACCAUGCAACUUCACAAUGUUCAGAUCAAGGACAAGGGCUCCUAUCAAUGUAUUGUCCAUCACAAAGGACCCCAAGGAAUUGUUCACCUAUACCAGAUGACUUCUGAGCUGUCAGUGUUUGCUAACUUCAGUGAACCUGAAAUAAGGCCACUUUCCAAUAUAACAGAAGAUUCUGGCAUAAAUUUGACCUGCUCAUCUAGUCAAGGUCAUCCACCACCUUUAAGGAUAUAUUUUGUUCUAGAAACCCAAAACUCAACUGUUGAGCAUGAUGGUGUCAUGGUGAUAUCUCAGGAUAAUGAAACAGAACUAUACAAUGUUUCUGCCAGUUUGUCCGUUCCGUUCCCCGAUGACACGAGCAAUGUCACUAUCACCUGUUUCGUAUGCACAGCCUCAGGGACGCUUAAGUCUCCACCUUUCAAUACAGUUCUUCCGACGGACUCCUUGGCUCCUAAAGACCAAACAUACUUGGCUGCCUUUGGACUCUUGAUCAUCUCGAGCAUCAUAUUUGUGGUGGUGUUGUGUCUAAAAAAGCAGAAGCGGCGGCGGAGGCAGCAGCACCAGCAGACUGCCGGCUCUUCUGAAGAAACCAUCAAAAUGGAGAGUGAAGAGACCAAAGAAAGAGUGGAAAUCCAUGAACCUGAACAAAAUGAUGAAGAAGUUCAGUGUAUUGUUCACUAUUCAAAGACACCUUCAGGCAACCAUCAUGCUACACACUUUUAA